CAUACAUACAUAUAGAUAUGUAUACAUUUGUGUUUGCUCUAACUGGUAUCGGCAUAUUCGACUUGAUUUUUGAACUUCGCGGGGAGAAGCAACUCACUUUGACAAAACUUCAGCACAGCAGCGCACAACGGUGUGGCGCACAGAAGCGCAGCGUACAGUGCACUCGCAGCCAUCCAUCCGUACAGUUGGAUGUCACCGCCAACGGCAACGGCAAUCAUUAGCAAGACGCAAACUCCAAAAACAAAGACAAAAAACCUAAGAAUAAUAACAAAAACAGAAAAAACAGAAGCAGAAACAGAAGUUGCGGUAGAAAAAGAAGCAGCAACAACAGAAGUCAUCAGUGAGACGACGUGUGAUCUUGAUCUUGAUCUUCUUUGAAACAUUGAAUUCAGCACAGUAAAUAACAACACAAAAAGAGCAGCAACAACACAAGUUACAGUUGCAGCCGACAUCGCUGUUGCUGUCGUUAUUACUGUUGCUAUUGUUAUUGAUAUAGUGCCUCCGCUGUUGCAACUACAGUUUUUCUUGUGAACAUCGCUCAUCCUCAUUACGGAUAUAUUUUCUCUUAACAAUUGAAAUGACUUGCUUAUACAUACAUGUGUGAGUGUCUACAAACUAAAUCGUAGCAAUUGAAAUUGGUGCUUAAUUUUGAUAUAUCCGUAGAAGUUAUUGUCAGUGGAUUUGAGCGUUUUUGCGCCAGUGAAAAGUUCUUAUCUGCAGCGUUUAUGUAAAUGUUACGACGCAAACUCAAUUGCGGCAAAGUGAAAUGCACAAAUAAACAAUAUAAACAAACUUAAGCUACGUAAAGCCUAAUUAAAUAAUAAAACUGCCGUGAAGCUAGCCAAUAAUAGAGAAAUAAAAAUUAAAUAAAAAUAUACUGACUUGCAAAUACGUACGUACGUAUGUACUUAUGUAUGUAUUAAAGUUGAGUCAUAAAAAAAUAGAUUAAGAAAGCGAACCAACUUUUUAGUACUAAAACGACUUACAUACAAGCAUACAUACAUAUCCAUAUACAUAAAAACACAAUGACGGCGCAUGAGCAACCGAUUAGCUACUUGGACAGCAUCCUGAAUGAGGAGGAGUCACGCUGUGAAUACAGUCAUCAGUGGCGCAAUUUCACAAUCUCACGUUCGGGCCGUUUCAAGUCGAAGAAUCGCAAGCGCGACGUUGUCGAUGGCAAACUCUUCGAUGCGGGUAAUGCGCCCAAUGCGAUGUCGGCGUCGUCCAAGAUGCCGUCUGCAGCCGCUGCGGGUCAUAGUCGUGUCAUGGCGUCCGCCACCAUGAAUCCACACUACAAGCAGGAGCCGGAUAAGAAUACCCAUCGCCAACCUUCUGCAAUGUCAAGCAAACUUUUCUCAUCGCAAUCCAUGGCAUCAACCUCCGCCAGCUCAAAUUCAAGAAAUGCGACGAUGCGUGACAAAGCUGAGAGUUAUAAAAGUUACUACGAAACGAAUUUAUAGAUGCCACCUACAUAUGUAUAUUACGCAUAUCAUGUAUUUUUUAUGUAUAAUAAAUUUUUUAAUUAACUUAAUUGCGAAAGGUAAAUGAAAACGCUAUUUUUGUAUACAUAUUUAACUUUUAACAUUUUAUUUUUAUGUGGAAAAUUUAAAUUCACAAAAUUAACUUUUGUUAAGGUAAAGCGCUUAGUUAGUGCUUAAGUAAAGCUAUAUAUUUAAAUACAAUAUAAAAAUAACAUAAUAUAAAUAUGAACUAACGCUUUCUUGAA